AUGACGAUGAAUUUGUUGCCGUCACAAGCUACGGAUGUGGCCAAAGUUGCCGCGGCUCUGAGGUCACUUGGCGUAGGGAAGGGUGAUGUGGUCUGCGGAUUUAUGCCAAAUGCAUAUGAAACGAUCGUGUCGGCACUUGGAACUGCAGCCAUCGGAGCAGCAUGGUCUAGCGCAAGUCUCGAUUUCGGGCCGGGCGGCGUUCUCGACAGGUUCAAGCAGGUGAAGCCCAAGGUUAUCUUCACUGUCAAUGCCACCACCUACAAGCGCAAGCUAUUUGAUUUGCGACGCAAAGUGGAUGAGAUUGUUUCCGAGUUGCCAACCCUGGAAAAAGUGAUCCUGAUCAACUACAAGUCGGCGCUCCCCGUCAACCUCAGCGACUACAAAUGCAAGGAGAAGCUGGCCAUGUACGAGGAUUUUGUCGCCAAUUUCAGCGGUGCCAAGCCAAGCUACGAACGAGUGCCAUUCGGCCAUCCACUCUUCGUAAUGUUCUCCUCCGGCACGACGGGCGUGCCGAAAGCUAUGGUGCAUACCGUUGGGGGGACGUUACUUAAACACCUCGAAGAGCAUUUGAUCCAAAAUGACGCCCGGCAGCAGGAUUCUAUGUUUUUCUAUACGACCUGCGGUUGGAUGAUGUGGAAUUGGUCAAUCUCGUUUUUGGCUUUUGGCAGCCGAUUGAUUUUGUACGACGAGUCCCCCCUGGAGCCCGAUCACUACGUGAUCCCGAAAAUUAUUUCCGAUUCCAAGGCAACAAUCAUCGGGAUGGGCGCGCAACUCUACGACCGAUUUGAGAAGAUUGACGCCAAACGGAAUUUGUGCAAAGAAUUCGGACUUGGCGCGGUUCGGCUAGUCCUCUCGACGGGCAGCCCCUUGAAGGAGGCCAUUUUCCGGUACAUCAACGCAAAGUUGGCGCCCGGGGCCGUGAUCGGGUCUAUUUCUGGUGGUACGGACAUCAUCGGUUGUUUCAUGGGUGCCACGCUUUCGAAGUCUGUCAUCCCCGGGCAAUGCACCGUCCCCUACCUUGGCCACGAGAUCAAGUCGUUCAAUCCACGAGGCGAAGCUAUACAAGAUCAGCAAGGCGAGCUCGUCUGCCUCACCCCUUUCCCCUCUAUGCCAUCGCAUUUCCUAAACGACACGGAUGGCUCCCGCUAUUCCAAAGCCUACUUCGAGCGCUUUCCGGGUGUCUGGGCACAUGGCGACUACUGCAUCAUUGAUUCUGCGACCGGCGGGAUUACGAUGCUUGGAAGAUCUGACGCUACCUUGAAUCGCGGUGGAGUACGUAUGGGCACCGCCGAAAUCUACAACGUUGUCGACACGUUCGCCGAGAUUGCGGACAGCAUUGUGGUUGGAAGACAAAUCCCCCAAGAAAAGGACGAAGAGAUUUUGCUGUUCGUCAAACUUUCGCCGGGAUCCGUUCUGGACGACCAUCUUCGAUUGGCCAUUUGCAAGACGAUUAGGGAGCGGCAAAGCCCUCGCCACGUCCCCAACAAGAUCAUCCCGAUCGCCGAUAUUCCGUACACCAACUCGGGCAAAAAGGUAGAAAUCGCGGUGAAGCAAAUCGUCAAUGAUCUGCAGCGCCGGCAGCAAGAGCUAGAGCGCCUCGAAGCCGCGCGCCGUGAGCGCAUGUCGAAUAUGGGCCCGCCCUCGAUCAACAUGGGACGAGGAGGACCGCCGCCGCACAUGGUCCCGCCACCUUUCCAGUCCCAGCAGCAGCCAAACCCGUUCUCUGGAGGUCCGCCUGGCCCUUUUGGGGUACCCUCGUUGGCGGUGCCGCCUCCGACUCAUCAUCAUCAACAACAACAUCCACAACAUCAACAGCAACAAUUCGCACCACCGCCACAGCAGGGAAACCCCAAUGGUCCACGUCCGAACGUGAUAGAAGGUGUCCAGCGUCUCCUCCAACUAUUCAAGAACGACGAUGGCCGCGGCGCUGGGCCAGGAAAUCAGCAGAACAUGCAGCAAAAUCAUCCCGGUGGUGCUUUCAACAACUAUCAGCCGCGCUACGGAGCGUCGGGCGACCACUACGGCGGCGGUUCGGAUGCUUUCGGAAAUCAGCCACCAAUGAAGCGUGAGAGGCGC